UGAUUUAUCGCCUGUUGACCACUGGAGAUCGGGUGCGAAAGCGAGACCCUGCGGCUUUGCCCCAGAACCAACACCCUAGCGAAUCGUGAGCGUCCUGUAACAACGGAGCAAGCAAGCAGCACGUGACGGCGCCCUCAGUGUGUUGUUGUGCGGGUGUGUGUGUCCCUACUACAAAUGCUGUCUUGUGUGCCCCUCAAUCUUGUCCUCGCACUCACGCUUAACGAAACCCACCGCUAGACUAUAUAACAGUUGUACGUACGCGUCGAUAACUGGAUAUAAGGAAUUAUAAGACGGUCAUAUACCGAAAGCACUGUGUGUGUGUGUGUGUGUGUGUGUCGCCUCGUCUAUUUGUCUGCAACAAGAUGCCAAGCCGUGGUCUGAGGAGGAGGACGCCGCUGCUGUCAGAGCUGUGGGCCUUCAGGAGGACUCUGAUCAUGGUCUGUACGCCGGUCUUCCUCUGCUUCCUGCCUUUCGCCUGGCCUUCUCCGGAGGCGAGCUGCGCCUACGUCAUGAUAACUGAUGGCUGUGUUCUGGAGUGAUGGAGAUUUUUCCCCAUCGCAUCACUGCCUCAUGCCCGUCGUUCUCUUCCCGUUACUUGGCGUGAUGGACGGACGGAGCGUGUCGGAAAAUUACGCUAAGGACACACAGAUGCUGUUCAUAGGAGGGCUAGCCGUGGCUGUGGCUGUAGAGAACACAGGUGAACUACACAAGCGCAUCGCUCUUCCGGUCUGCCUCCUGCUGGUGGGCUCGCAGCCGAAGUGGCUGAUGCUGGGAUUCAUGCUAGUCACCGCGCUGCUGUCCAUGUGGAUCUCUAACACGGCCACGACGGCCAUGAUAGCUCCGAUCGUCGCUGCCGUGCUGGAGCAGCUGAUGCGGGCCUCCGCUGCCGCCCAGCAGCAGACGACAGAUGAGGAGAAAUUAGUCAAGGCAAAUGUACGUCACAAAUCCGGUGGCGCUGCGAACAGCGUCGUCUGCCACAUUGCCUUGGACACGCAGAUAUCGUCUGACAUGAGCACGCACGGCCUGGUUUCACGGACAUGCUCUGAAGAGUCCAGAGUCGCCUCUACUUGAACAGCAGCGAAUCCGUG